UUGUUUUGCUGUUGUCUUUGCAAAGUUACGCUUUGCUCUCAACCAUCGGAAACCCACGCUUCUAUUCAUUUCGUAGAUUCAGUUCAUAUGCGCACAAUGUCUACGAGACCCAAAGCAAUGACAGCCAUUUGAUGAGCAUUCCAGUGGCUGUGAGUGUGCGUGUCAAGCCUUUUGAGCACAAGAAGCUAACUGCUCCGCGUACUUUCGGUCAACUUGAUCAUCAUCGACAUUUUCGCCGACAACAACACAAUCAUCCUGAUGAUGUCAGUGUCAGCGUGCGUGUUGACGACUCUACCAAAGAAACUGAUGUUUCUGAAAGGGAAAAUUUGUCUACAUCUCAUCCGCUUGAAGAUCAACCACCGAGAACUGAAAAUGAAAGCCCACCCUGGUACGGCAUUCGUGGUGCUACCAAUAGUCAUCGAGAGGCAAUGCAUGAUGAUGGCGAAUUGGAGGAUCGCUCGUUAGUAAGAGACGGUCCAGGUCCAAUCGAGUCCAGGCCCUCAUUUUAUCAUUUCGAGAGCGUUCACAAGUUUCUAGCCAAACCAUAUCGAUACCAGGACAAUCAGAAUUCAUCAACUCGAUUAAAUUCAAGUUUAAUUGUCAAGUUUGUUGAUGACAGUUCUCUGUACCACUCUGAGGCAAUGGUUGUCCAACCUUUUCUCUCACACGACGUUGACUCCAUGAUUAUACUGCCCGCAUAUGUGCCUCCUCAAGGCUCACCGCUAAACGUAAGACCAAACUCAGACCACAGGUCUACUUUGUCCCCCGAACUGCCUGAACUAGCACAUACAGGCAGGGGUUUAGCUCCAGCGGUGUCAGAUAUCGAGCUCGACGAUAAACCUGAUUCAGAGCUAACCGCGUCACACUCUUCUGAUCACGAAACGGGCAAACUCGCCUCUGAGGGCGCAGAUGUUACGCGUUCACAAAUUCUAGAUGAUACUAUGAACGAUAUGCAGUCUUUGUCGACGGAUUCAUUGAAAUGCAGAUCAGAUUUUGGUGUUGACUUAGACUCGGGAAGUUGUACCUUGCAAACUCGGUCAUCUGAAGAAAUGUGCAGAACUCCUAAUCAAAACAUAAGCCAGCCCACUCGAACAAGCGUGGCUAUUGGAAAGAACCACUUGAUCAAUUUAAAUUCGAGUUUUGGGGGAAUAAGUUACUACCCGGCCUUUUUUCAUUAUGACCUGUGUACUUAUAAAACAGUACCUGAUUUGAGGCUUGAUAGCGUCAAGCGUCAGCAGCCACAUGAAGUUUGUAGUUGUCCAGAUGAUGCUUCGUUAACGAAUCAAAAAUUCGUUAAUGCGUGCAAUCGCAAUGAAGAAUCUUCAAACAUUUGGUCCUUCGGAAGAAGCGGUUUGACGCAUGAAAAAUCGUUAUUCCCAGUCGAAGCACAUUCAGACCCCGGUAUGUUUACUUAUGUACACAAUUCUAACAUAUUGAGUGGAAACCAAAACUGCUCCAAGAAUCUUUCCGACCCUAAUCAACGCCUACAAUUUUCUGCGUUUGGAAAUGUCAGGACGCAUCGUCUGCUAUCGGGAUCGAGACCUGAUGUCUGGAGACCUUCUUCCCCAGACUUAUCCGACGUUGCUUUCACCUAUGAACUUGGACGUCCCUGGUCCCCGAGUAAACGAGCUUUCAUUCAAAUCGACAAGGAAUUGAAAUAUUUAGUGGAUGGCGUCACCGUUCACAUGAGUAAUAUGUUUAAAAGCGGCAGCAGCGGCGGCGGUAGCACAGAAGCCGGCGCCGAGGUGGACAUGCUCGACGAUGGGGCAGACUCCCACCAGCCGCCGCUCCCACACCAAAACUAUAUUUUAUUUGACCCGCCUCAGCUCGACUUUAAAGAGCACCCGGUGGGCAUGCCGGUGAUGCGGAAGGUGGUGGUGCGCAACGUGGGCCCUCUGGCGAGUGCGGGCUACAGCGCGGACGCCUCCAGUGCCGUGCAGCUGCAUAGCCUCUCGGGCAACACCUUACACUUCCACUGCACCUUCUUUCAGGACAAGGUAGUGGCCGCUUAUACCAACACAACUUUCGACGUCGUAUUCCUGGGGCGCGAGGAAGGCCUUAUUGAAAACACAAUUUUUAUCCACACUUCGAUAGGAACUUAUAAGUAUUCCGUGCGAGCUGUGGGAACAAGUAACCAGUAUCGCUUGCGGCCGCUGGUGGGGGUGAGAAUGCCUCUGAACUCCUCCUACACGCCGCUCAUUCACCUACACAAUCCACACCCGCAUACCCUGCAGGUGCGGGAGCUGUACAGCAGCGGCGGCGACCUGCACCUCGAGCUGCUGGGGGGCGCGACGGAGGGCGACGCCAGCAGCUGGAGCGUGCCGCCCUACCAGACCCGCGCCCUCGCCCGUGCCACCUUCGUCGCCAGGCGCGAGAACAACCACACCGCCUACAUCAGGAUGGUGACGACAGGCAUCGACGGGGACUACCUUGUGGUGCCUGUAGAGGUGGAGGUGAGCAGCGAGCCUGGCCUCUACUGCCCCCACGACGGUCUGCACUUCCCCUUGCUUACUCCCCACCACCCGCCCGCCUCACUCCCCCUCAUGCUCAUCAACUCUGCUCAUAAACACAUACACAUCCAGAACGUGAUCACGACGCCAGUUAACGACGCCAUCACCAUUGACUUCAAGCCCAUGAAGGUCCCUCCGGGCUCCGUCAAACCCACGCAGGUCGCCACCGUCACUUUUGAUCCGUCAAAAGUUCGCCGAGGGGGCGGCGCGGUGGCCGGCAAGUUGCUCAUCAAGAGCAAAGUAUCAGCUUAUAAGCUGAGCGUGCCCUUCAGCGUGAACCUCCUGCACGGCCACCUUCGCUACAGCCCCGCCGUCACCAGCUUCUUCACAGGGCCUCCCCACCUCGAUCCAUCGAGCAUUUCAGAUUCAAAUGCCUUUAACAGGAACGAUUCAAACUCUUCAAUGUAUCCAUUCUUUUCUCUUCCGUCCAUCACUUCGUCUUCUCUGUCCUCGUCAAUAUCAUGGUCGUCAGCCUUGACUUCGUCUAGCGUGUCCCUCUACUCGUCCGUGGACGGCGAGGCAGCGCUGCUCUACAAUCCCAACAAAGUCCCAGUAAAGGAUCCGCAGGAGGAAUUUCUUGAUGAUAACCUCGGCGACGACCACAGCGACUCGCCAUCUGUCAUAAAUAACGGCCCGUUCUUGCCAGGGGAACCUCGCAACUUAUCCCUCACGAAUACCUUCUCAUGCGCAGUGGUCGUCUAUAACGUCACUCUCCCUCAGUCCCACCGUAAACACUUCAAGGUGGUGUGGUGGGGUGAGGUGGUGUUGCAACAAGGAGCACAGGGAGUGGUGGCUUCGGUGCAGCUGCUCAGUGUGGACUCUAACCUACGGCUGAGCUCCCACGUAACCAUUCACACAAACAUAACCACCGUCAACAUUCCUCUAACCGCUUACAAUGGCCGUCUUACCAAGAGCUUCACGUCAGCUGUUUCUGAUAACGUGGGCAAAAGCUUUCCUCUGGAUGGCAUUGUGCUGGGGCUUCAAUCGUCAGAACGAUCGACCGAGAGCGCAGCUGGAGCCUCUCAAGAAAACGCUUGUAACUCUUCGUUGGUAAGCUCAGUGGACCUGGGCACCGUGGGUAUGGGGGAGCAUCGCGACCUGCACUUCUACGUACACAAUGAGAACCCCGUGACAAUGCGAGUCAUGUCCUGGGAAGCCAACGCAACGUGGGCUGACGUGCAUCUCUUUGCGUUCGUUGAUCCCGAUUCAAACUGGAACAUGAUAACCCAGCAGCCAUCAGAACCGGUAUGGUUGGCACCCGGGGCUGCUGCAGUCUUUAAAGUAAGUGUAGUGACUGCGAGCACUGAAGGCAUCUUCUGGGGCACGGCUGUGGUGCACACCGCCUUCGAGAGUCUCUCCCUUACCUUCAGACUGCGCACUGCUAUCGGCCAGCUCACCAUGAUCCCCACACCUGUGCUCUUUGAUAAUGCCUUCCCUGGCAAAGUAUCCUCGGUUGAGCUGCAAGUUCUGUCGACGUUCGGCCACAGCAUGAUGGUGGAUGACGUGCUGCCACAGCUUCCUUCUGGUCACCACUUCGAGUAUCAGGGCGCGCCUCACGACGAGCCCUUCACCCUGCACCCCAACACUCUCACGUCCAUCGGGCGACUUGUGUUCGACCCCAGACAAUUCUGCUCCGACUUCUGCUACGCUGGCUUCACUCUCGCUGAUAAAUUGGGGCAGCAGUGGAGCAGCUCGCUCGCUCUGUCUGGCCACGUUGCAGCCACAGACGUGAUGCUGCUCGAGCUGCUGCUGGGGCGCUACCGCAACAUAUCCACGCCGGUCUUCAACUCGUCCCUUGUGCUGCACACCUCGCACCUACACGCCUUCCCCUUCACAGUACAGGUGUCGUUGGUAUGGCCACGUGUAGCGCAGUCAGAGGCACUGGAGUUCCCGCUGACACAGCUGCACAACAGCUCAGUGGCGUUGCUGCCGCUGAGCAAUCCUACGGACUCGGUGCUAUUCGUGCAGCUGUUGUUGUUGCAGCACUACCCGGCACCGCACCUGCUCGCUCGUGCACUUGCUCACCAAACGGACUGGGGUGAAGAAAGUGACGGCAUUGGCGGGCAAGUGUUCCAUUUCGUGGACGUGGAGCCGAGCAGCCCCGGCGAGGAGUGCUCUAGGGGCUGCUUGGAGCCCGACGCUCGUCGCGUCGCUGAGCUGCUACAGCACCGCAGGAAGGUCGAGGCUGAGCUGUCCACCCGGGGCGCCAGGGAGACGAUCGUGCUGCGCCUUAGCCCUGGCCAGCAGAUAUCCGUGCGUGUGGCGUUCCGACCAUCAGAAGUGGGACAACACGAGAGCGCUGUGAUCGUGCGCAAUAAUCUCACCGUCGUGGACAUAGUAAAAUUGACGGGCCGCGGCGGUCAGGGCACCGUCAGAUUUGCUAACAGGAAACCUGAUGCCUCAGCCACUCCGCUUACCUUCAGCCUCGCUGCCAAGCACCUACAGGACUGCCAGGCUACGAAACGUCCAGGCGGAAGUACGAGAACGCUCAGAGACCCGAAGCUCACCGUGAAACGCACGUUCACCGCUCGUAACACUGGCGAUUUGGCGUGCACUAUCAAAGGCUUCCUUAUAGCCGGAGCACCUUGCUACAAUUAUGGCUUCAAGGUGAUACAGUGCGAAGUGUUCACUCUGGAGCCGAAUGCUUCGCGCAAGAUCGACAUCGCCUUCAGUCCUGACUUUACGUUGAGCAAAGCGCAGCAAAGUUUACAGCUUAUCACAGACGCCAACAGCGGGCUAGAGGCGCUCGAGUACACCCUGCAAGCCACGGUCCCCUCCUCGCUGCUGCAGCCGUGCAGCCUUACAGUGCCCCGACCUCAUUGGGAGACGCUCAUCUUCUAUAUUUUCUUCACUAUGCUCAUCAUCAUGCUGGUCGUCACGCUGCUCAUGGCAGCUCUUGACGCUCACACGCUUCUCAAGAGCAGCGCCAGUCACGCUGCAAGCCUUCAAGUUCCUCUCGAUCGAGAGAAUGUCUUUGAUUUGCGCUCCAUCGCUACCAAAGAUUCCUCUAAAACCAUACCGGUUCUUGUGUCGAAUGGCUCUCUGUCUCAAGAUUCCCUUAAUCAUCGUAAUCACUAUAAUAACAAAGCCUUACACAACGCUGCGAACAAUAAUAACAAUAACGUCCUAUACAAUACUAACUUACAAGAUAAUAUUCCUAAAAAGCCAUCUACCGAAUCAAUCAAAAGCAUUCCCGGUGUUAGCGGGAAAAGUAAGUCUACAAAGUCUGAUGGUUGGAAUUUUAUGAAUUUUUUGUCUACUUUUGAAUCUAAAGAAAAAGAAUCGCGAAAGAAACCGUUGAACUCUGGGCAUAAAGAGCGCGGGGAACUUGGCUUGAACAUUAGUGGAACCCUGGGCUACUAUCGUGACCGCCUCAGUGCUGCAUUCGCUGCUCUCAUAGCUCGUCCCGAGGCUGCUAUUCAGCCCACGAAGCCUCGUAGGCAACACUCAAAUUUAUCUAGUCGCCGAGCCAGCAGUGGAGACCGCUCAAAGCCUGUCCAAGUUGGCACCAACAAGUCUACUGCUGAAGAAAAUUCAGGAACAUGCAAGUCUACAAUUGGAAACAAGGUGCUUAAUUUGAACGAUGUGAAACACAAAAGUCGGUAUGACAAACACCAUCACCUGUCUGCUAUCGAUUACCAAAUCAAAAACAAGACAAAUACUGGACGUGUUCGACGCCAGUCUAUGUUUUCUGAGUCAGAUUUCGUACCUAAUUCUUACAAAUCUAGUCAUAAACUACGUCAAGAAGAGGAAGAAACUUCUUCCUGUUCUAAUGAAAGCUCCCAUUCGGGAGAUCUUUCGAUCAGCGAUAAGGACGCCUCUAGCAAAUCGGAGAGUUCAAGUAAUCAAUCCAGUCUUCUAAAUAUGAAACGAAAUAAGAAAAAUAAUAAUUCCUGCAAAAAUGGCCCUCCGAACUCUUCCAACCAUGCGAAGUCAAACGGUGUUCGAUGCAAUGUGAAUAAAAGUUCGAACAUCUGUAGCAAUGGCAGCAGCAGCAGCAGUUCGGUAUCUCCGUCACCUCGGGAUGAGAAAAAUUCCACAACACAGAAUUCAAACGAGUCGCUAAUCCGAUCUGAUUCUCCUUCAUUCGACCAAAAAGAUUCUGGGGGAGAUUUUGCCAUACAAAUCCGGGGUAAAAGUCUGAAAAAAGGAAAGGGUGUUUGUAUUCCUCUCAGUGACAUCGCUAAUGAUCAUUCUCUGGAACUGCCAUAUAGUCCAAAGACACUGAAGCCUCCUUCGUUGUCGACGGAUGCUCUGCUGCGGCGCCCUAAGCGGAAGACCAUCCGAGUCAAAAGUGACGCUACCGUUGUAAGCAGCUCUUUUCCAUCUGUAACUACAACAAAACCCGAAAAAAAUCAAUCGACCAACGAUACUCCGGCAGUCACCACUCGGCCUCCAGUUGCCCAACUCCCUCCGUUAACAGCCAAAGAUUCUUAUUCAACAAAAGUUGCUCCGCAAGACAAGCAAAGAGCUAAGGUGACUCCCGUGGGCAAAAUUCUGCCAGAAAUUAAUCGUGUUGCUCCUCAACGGAAUUUGGGUGCCAUUGGCCAAAAAUUGGGUGCACCAAUUAUUCCUUUCAAUCAGCACUGUUCUCUGUCUUUAUUGGCUCCACAGGAGAUACCUCAGCACUCGCCACUGCAGCAGCUGUACAGUUCCUCGUCGUUAUCAGUACACUCAUGGGACCCAAAAGUGAUAUCUCCAAACGUAAUAAACAAUAACUUACCGCAAAAUUUCAACUCUGGUUUAGACAGUUGGCCUCCUAGUCAGGGUUUGCACCCAGGAACAAACAAAGCCAACGUCUGGUCGAACGAAGCCUAUCGUCCCGAAGCUUCUCUUUACAAUAGCAGUCAAAUGACGUUGUCAGCCAACGGAGCUGGUCCAUGGAGCAACAUGAGCUCCAUUUGGUCGAACAAUACAUGGAAUGCUUCUACAAGCUCCUUGUCAUCACCGUGGCCUACACCAAAUACCACGGCAAUAUCACAGGGCCUGGGUUUCGAUCCAGUGGGGGGAUGGCCGAGCAGCAAUGACAGCCUCGGUCCUCUGCAGUGCGCACCUGCUGUGUGGACGGCCCAACACCUGCCACCACUUCUUGAGCAGCGGUCAGCAGCUCCUCACCAGAAGAAUGAUGUGUAAUUCUGACUUGUAACUUUUGCGAUUAUUUCAGUCCAACUCUUUAGUCAUUGUAGAUGUUUAGCCAUAAAUUCGCAUUUUUUUGUAAUUUUGUGAUUGUUUUCCAUAGGAGACCACAUGUUUAUUUAAGUUCUGUGAUUCACGAUUUAAGGCAGAUUCUCAGUGGCGCGAUUUAUUUAAGAUUCACGAUUCAAGAUUCACGCCUCUGAGGCCGCGUUUCGUACUAAUAACCUAAUAAGUGCAGUGAAUUCUGGAAUUUGCCUGAUAAGUAAACGGUUACCCAUGCUGGGCAUUUAUUUGCUAUCAUCCGUUGUGAUGCAACCACUCUAGAUGUCUCCUUUCUAAUGGAUUUGAGAGGCAUUGAUUUGAAAACGUAGAAGUUUGAAUUUAGGUAUUUGUUAAAGACAGGAGGCUUCUUAGUUAAAUACGUGCCAUCUUAUUGAUUCUCUUAGGUACAAAAUUGUAUCGGUUAUUUUUAAACACUGUUCUGUGACUUCACGCUUUGUGGCCAUUUUCUUUAUUCUGUUCAAAGAACGUUUUGAUUUGUUUUAAUUUUUUUUAAAGUCGUAUCGUUUUAAACGAUAGUAAUGGUUUAAAUAAAUUUUAGUAUUUUCCUCCGUAUUGUGGUAAUCACAAAGAUCUCAUGCUAGUUCGCUCAUUUUAGGUCUUGUUUUACUGGAUUUUACCUGUACGUUUCAGGUAUAAAGAUAAAUUCUUACAUUCAAUGUUCUUAGUGUAGGAUGACGUGCAAAUUGCACUUGAUUUUCUUUGCUUUUGUACUUAGACUGGAACAUAAUUCUAAUUUUGUCUCGAUUUCUUUUAAUUUGGCGUUUUGUACGUUUGCUCAAUUUCAUAUUCAUUUGGACUCGAUAAGUCAUAUUUGUUGUUUUCUCUUGUGAAAUAGUUACCUGUUACAGCGCUUCGCAUUUCUAUUCUUUGCGUCAUUGGUCGUACUUUUGAACAAAAUUGUACGAAUCAGAAGUUGAAUAAAUCUUAACCGUAUAAUUAACAGGUAUAAGAACUGUAAAAGAUCUUAAGAUCUUGCAGAGUUUUACUCGUGUCUUUGACAUCGUACUUCACGAUACUCAUGUUCCUUCUCCUAUUUUUAAGCUUGAAAUUAUUCUGUUGACUUGGAACGGAUCUUGCACGUUAGUCGUAGUGUCAAGUAGCGAGCGAACAGUGAAGAAAACCUUUUCCGACUUCAUGAUUUAAAAGAUGAUGUUGUUCACGAAGAAGAGAUGGCGUUCUUACCGUCAAACUAGCAUUCAACUCUUGUCAAAAAAUGCAUCCGUGAAUUUAA